GGGGACUCGGGGGCCGGGGCAGGCGGGCGCUGCGCGCACACGCAGCGGGGCGGCCCGGAGCGGCCCCGGCGCGGCCCCUUCCUGGCUCUGCUCGCCAGCCUGUCUCCCCGGAGCGUCGGCGCCGCCCAUGGCCGAGGUGCUGGAGCCGGACCCCGCGACAGCCGAGCGCGCGGCGGCCCAGGCCGUGGAGACGCCGGGCUGGACGGCCCCGGAGGACGCGGGUCCCCAGCCCGGAAGUUACGAGAUCCGACAUUAUGGACCAGCCAAAUGGGUCAGCACUUCCGUUGAGUCUAUGGACUGGGAUUCAGCCAUCCAAACUGGUUUUACGAAGCUGAACAGCUACAUUCAAGGCAAAAAUGAGAAAGAGAUGAAAAUAAAGAUGACCGCUCCAGUGACAAGCUACGUGGAGCCCGGUUCAGGCCCUUUUAGCGAGUCUACCAUUACUGUUUCCCUGUACAUCCCCUCUGAACAGCAACCUGAUCCGCCCAGGCCUUCAGAGUCAGAUGUCUUCAUUGAAAACAGAGCAGAAAUGACCGUGUUCGUCCGGUCUUUCGAUGGAUUCUCUAGUGCUCAAAAGAAUCAAGAACAACUUUUGACAUUAGCAAGCAUGUUGAGGGAAGAAGGAAAAGUUUUCAAUGAGAAGGUUUACUAUACCGCAGGCUACAACAGUCCUUUCAAGUUGCUUGAUAGAAAUAAUGAAGUGUGGUUGAUUCAGAAAAAUGAACCCUGCAAAGAAACUGAAUGAGGGGAAAAAAGGAAGUACCAUUGCUUAGCGUAGAUAUCCAGCGUACCGACAUGUAAAAUGCAGGUCUAGUAUCUCUACCCGAGAGAACUAUGGUGAUUUGAGCUGAUUUCCAAGGUGCCUUUUAAUGCUUGAAGCUUUAUCUAGAUACACAGGUAAUAGGGGAGAGUCUUCUAGAAACAUGAGAAGCAGUCACAGCUCUGGAGGGUGGGUAUUUCUAUGAGGGUCCAGGAAGUGUCUUAUUGCUUGACCCUUCUUCGCUGUAUCACAAUCAUGUUGCCUUUUUUGACUUGAAUUUAUGUCAUUUGGAUGUUAUCCCCUCUAGCUAUUAUCAAUAAAAAUGCUAAAGAGGUA